AUGGUCGCCGCGAACUUGCCGUACCUCAUCGCCGCCCCCGUCGGCGUCGGCGCGAUCGUCCUGCAGCGGACGUUCAGGAGGAAAAAGGGGAAGGGCGACGACGAGAAGGGGCGGCGGGACGGGGACGGGGACGUGACCGCGUUCGCGUGCGAGCGCGUGUGCACGUCGGACCGGCUCAUUAAGCGCUUGGGGUACCUCGCGAAGGCGCGUUCACGAUCCGCGCGCGCUCGACGCGACGGCGCCACGCCCCGCGCGUCGCGUCGCGGAUGA